GCCUAAGCUUGCGACCAAGUAUAAGCACCGACGACAAUCCUCUGCCUGCCAGCACAUUGCAUGGCCCACCCCAAACCCGCUGUCAUGAGUUAGAGGCGACGACAUCUAGCAGCAGCAGCAGCAGCAGCAGCCAAGAUCAAGCCAAGAGAGAGCCUACGCCGAGCGAGGGACAAGCGACAAUGUGGGUUGCCGUGCCGGACCGCUGCCCCGGCCAGCGCCUGGCGACGCCGGCCCGAUCGCCCGCCGCCCGCCUCCUGCCCCUCCUCGUCGCCGCCUGUCUCCUCCUCGGCGGCACCGUCCACGCCUCGGUCGGCGACCGACUUCCAGAGUUCCAGGACUGUGUCGAGCUGUGCAAGCAAGAGAAUUGCUAUCCCGAGACGCUUGAGCACAAAAACAACAUCCCACGCAUCCACCGGCUCCUCCGCUGGACCUGCCCGGACGAGUGCGACUACACGUGCCAGCACAUCAUCACGGCGUCGCGCCUGGGAGCGGGCUACCCCGUGGUGCAGUUCCACGGCAAGUGGCCGUUCCAGCGCUUCCUGGGCGCGCAGGAGCCGCUCUCGGUCAUCUUCUCGGCCGGCAACCUGUGGGCCCACGCCUCGGGCCUGCGCCAGCUCCGCCGGCGCGUCCCGGGUUCGUACUCGCUCCGCCGCUUCUACGUCGGCUUCGCGCUCGCCGGCCUGUCGGCCUGGACCUUCAGCAUCAUCUUCCACACGCGCGACUCGCGCGCCACGGAGCAGCUCGACUACUUCGCCGCCGGCGCCUCGGUCCUGUACGGCCUCUUCCUCGCCGUCGUGCGCAUCUUCCGCCUCGACCGCCGCCGCCGCUCCAGCGAGGCCAUCUCGGUCCCCUCCACCCCGGACUCCGGGUCCGCCAUCGGCCGGGGCGGCGGCGGCGGCGGCGGGUCCAGGUCGUCGACCUCGUCCCCGGGCCUGCUGCGGGUCUGGAUGGCCGUGUGCCUGACGGCUUAUGCCUGCCACGUGGCCUACCUCAAGCUCGUGCGCUGGGACUACACGUACAACAUGGCCGCCAACGUGGCCGUCGGCGUUGUCCAGAACCUGCUGUGGAGCUGGUUCUCGUGGACCCGCUACCGCCGCGAGCGCCGCGCCUGGGCCGCCUACCCGGGCCUGACCGUCGCCUGGAUCACCAUGGCUAUGAGCCUCGAGCUGUUCGACUUUCCGCCCUUGUGGGGGGCCCUCGACGCCCAUAGCCUUUGGCACCUGGGCACCAUUGGUCCCACCAUGCUGUGGUACAACUUUCUAGUGAAAGACUCGCUGGACGACAUUGCCGCGGCCCCCAGGCUCAAGGAAUGACUAUUAUAGAGCGGGAUUUUCCCUCAUCAAAGCCGUCCCCUUGUCGGCACGGAUCCGUGAUUAUUGACUGUCUGCUGUUUCGAGAGGAACGCAACAAGGAGACGACCGCCCGUGUGUUGGUGCUGUAUACUAGUAUCCCUUAGAGGAAGUAAUAGCAAAAAUAAGACAUUUGUGUUGCAUCA